AAUAAACAAGCAUGAUGGGUAUAUCUCAAUAAAUAUUUACGCUAAAAUUGCGAUUGAAUUUGCGAAUUUUCUGACAGUGUAGAAUAGGAAAAGUGAGGGCAGGAAUAGGUUUCGCUAUUUUUGUUUUGUUGUUCUCUCAGAGCACCCGUUAGUUGGGUUUGGAAGUUUUUAAACACGUUCGCUAAGGUAUUAAACUCGAAUUCUGAGAUAAAGGUGCUCGUGAAAAGGUUGCAGGCACCCACUGAGUAAAUUUUGCUCUGAAUAUAGAAAGUUGCUAUGGAAACAUUCAAAUUCAUCGCUCUGUUCAUGUGUAUUGGUGCCGCCAAUACAGUCGAUAUCUCUGUGAGAGUUCGAUUCAGAGGCAGUGCGGUGAUGACGUCAUACAGUAAUCAGGAAACAAUCACGGCGACGAACGAGCAAGAAUUACGAGAAAAGUUGACCGAAACCCUGGAAAGAGCGCUACUGGAUAAGCAGAUAGAAGAGGUUACCAUAGAAACCGAUAUUUACCAUGGCAACAAAGUUCAGUCAACACAAGUCACCAAGUUUGACGUGACAACUGCGGAUGGACUGGAUGACACUACUUUAGUCACCACCACAAAAAGUGAUGACAUCACUAAAGCCGUUACGUCAUCUGCAGCAAGAAGUAGCCACCGCACCAGGAAAGCUGAUGACGUCACAACAUCGGAAGUGCUUGAAAACGUGUUCAUAACUCGAUCGAUCACUUCUGUUGCUUCCACACACCAAGAGUCGACCAUGACUGUGACCACAGGUUGGGAUGUUCUCAGUACUACUGUUCCUAAUGGUUUGGAAUACGAUGGCAAGUUGUUUAUCCCUCUGACUCCUCUAAUAAAGGCGGCGAAAAGUAACAAAACUGAAGCAGAAUCGAGAUGCAAGGAGAUUGGUGGACAAUUGGCGAAUAUUUAUAAUGACGAUCACAUGGAUAGAAUAGGAGAUUUCAUACGAUCAAAUUUUAAGAUUGAAGGACACAGAAACUUUCAUCUUGGAAUGACCUAUAACGAGAAUGGAAGUGUUUCCUUCCGUAACGGAACUGCAGUGGACAAGACUCACUUCAGGUGGAGAGAAGUUUUUCCAAAAAACAACGGCAAACUAAUCUAUCUGCGCGUGACAAAGAAUGGAGAGAGAGUCAAUCAGUUUCUUUGGAAUUGGGGGGACGUGGAAAAAUUUGUACUAUGCGAGCGCUGAGCUCGAAACAUAUUUUAUGGUAAAAGCAGAAAAAAUGCCUGUUUUUGGACUUUUACCUAGUUAUUGGACACGAAAUGGAUAUAUAUAUAUAUACAUCGUUUUGUCAUUUCCUUUGUUAUUGAUAUGAAAAAAUCGCUUUUAUUAUCAACUACUGGACCAAUUGCUUUGAAAUUUCCGGUGGUUAUUUGAUACUCCCGUAGUGUGUGUACCAGGGU